AUGAAGCUUGGUUGGUUUGAGGUGGCCGCAUUGGUGGCUGCCUCUGUAGUCAGUGCCAAGGAUGAUCUUGCAUACUCGCCUCCUUUCUAUCCUUCCCCAUGGGCGGAUGGUCAAGGUGAAUGGGUGGAAGUGUACAAACGCGCUGUGGACAUUGUGUCCCAGAUGACAUUGACAGAGAAAGUCAACUUAACAACUGGAACGGGAUGGCAGCUGGAGAGAUGUGUUGGGCAGACUGGCAGUAUCUCCAGGCUGGGUAUUCCUAGCCUGUGUUUGCAGGAUAGCCCUCUUGGUAUUCGUUUCGCGGACUACAAUUCAGCCUUCCCCGCGGGUGUCAAUGUCGCUGCCACUUGGGACAAGUCGCUCGCCUACCUCCGCGGUCAGGCAAUGGGGGAAGAGUUCAGUGACAAGGGCAUUGAUGUUCAAUUGGGUCCUGCUGCAGGCGCUCUUGGCGCUCAUCCGGACGGUGGUAGAAACUGGGAAGGGUUCUCUCCAGAUCCAGCCCUCACCGGUGUACUGUUUGCAGAGACGAUUAAAGGUAUUCAAGAUGCUGGUGUCAUCGCGACGGCUAAGCAUUAUAUCAUGAACGAGCAAGAGCAUUUCCGCCAACAAUCUGAAGCUGCUGGUUAUGGAUCCAACAUAAGCGACAGUCUGAGCUCCAACGUUGAUGACAAGACUAUGCAUGAAUUGUACCUUUGGCCCUUCGCGGAUGCAGUACGCGCUGGAGUCGGUGCUAUUAUGUGCUCUUAUAACCAAAUCAACAACAGCUACGGUUGUGAGAAUAGCGAGACUCUGAACAAGCUUUUGAAGGCGGAACUUGGCUUCCAAGGCUUUGUUAUGAGUGACUGGGCCGCUCAUCACAGUGGUGUAGGAGCCGCUUUGGCUGGACUGGACAUGUCGAUGCCUGGUGAUGUUACGUUCAAUAGUGGCACGUCUUUCUGGGGUGCAAAUUUGACGGUUGGUGUCCUUAAUGGCACAAUUCCCCAAUGGCGCGUUGAUGACAUGGCCGUCCGUAUCAUGGCCGCUUAUUACAAGGUUGGCCGCGACAAGAAGUAUAUCCCUCCCAACUUUAGCUCGUGGACCAGGGACGAAUACGGCUUCGCGCAUUUCCAUGUUUCGGAAGGUGCUUAUGAAAGGGUUAAUGAAUUCAUGGACGUACAGCGCGAUCAUGCCGACCUGAUCCGUCGCAUUGGCGCGGAGAGCACCGUUUUGCUGAAGAACAAGGGUGCCUUGCCCUUGAGUCGCAAUGAUAAAUUAAUCGCUCUUUUGGGAGAAGAUGCAGGCUCCAAUGCAUGGGGUGCUAAUGGCUGUGAUGACCGUGGGUGCGAUAACGGUACUCUUGCCAUGGGCUGGGGUAGCGGUACUGCGAACUUCCCAUACCUCGUGACACCAGAGCAGGCCAUUCAAAAUGAAGUCCUCCAAGGUCGGGGUAAUGUUUUCGCCGUGACUGACAGCUGGGCUCUCGGCAAGAUCGCUGCGGCUGCCCGUCAGGCCAGCGUGUCUCUCGUGUUCGUCAAUGCCGAUGCAGGUGAAGGAUUUCUUAGUGUAGAUGGAAAUGAGGGCGAUCGCAACAACCUCACUCUGUGGAAGAACGGUGAUAAUGUGGUCAAGACCGCGGCGAAUAAUUGCAACAAUACCAUUGUCAUCAUCCACUCCGCCGGACCAGUCUUGAUCAAUGAAUGGUAUGAUCACCCCAAUGUCACCGGUAUCCUCUGGGCCGGUUUGCCAGGCCAGGAGUCUGGUAACUCCAUCGCCGAUGUCCUGUAUGGUCGUGUCAACCCUGGUGCUAAGUGUCCUUUCACUUGGGGCAAGACCCGGGAGUCGUAUGGUUCUCCUUUGGUCAAGGACGCCAACAAUGGUAACGGAGCGCCCCAGUCUGAUCUUACUCAGGGCGUUUUCAUUGAUUACCGCCAUUUCGAUAAGUUCAAUGAGACCCCCAUCUACGAAUUUGGCUACGGCUUGAGUUACACCACAUUUGAGCUCUCCGACCUCCAUGUUCAACCCCUGAAUGCGUCCCAAUAUACUCCCACCAGUGGCAUGACUGAGGCCGCAAGAAAUUUUGGUGAGAUUGGUGAUGCGUUGGAGUACUUGUAUCCAGAGGGACUGGAGAGGAUCCAUGAGUUUAUCUAUCCCUGGAUUAACUCUACUGACCUGAAGGCAUCGGCUGACGAUUCUAACUACGGUUGGGACGACUCCAAGUACAUUCCUAAGGGCGCAAUGGAUGGGUCUGCCCAGGCCCGUUUGCCCGCUAGCGGUGGUGCUGGAGGUAACCCCGGUCUGUACGAAGAUCUCUUCCACGUGUCUGUGAAGAUUAAGAACACAGGCAAUGUCGCCGGUGAUGAAGUCCCUCAGCUGUACGUUUCCCUCGGCGGCCCGAAUGAGCCCAAUGUAGUGCUGCGCAAGUUUGAGCGUCUUCGUUUGGCUCCUUCAGAAGAGGUCGUGUGGACAACCACUCUAACCCGUCGUGACCUCGCGAACUGGGACAUCUUGGCUCAGGACUGGACCGUUACUCCUUACCCCAAGACGAUCUAUGUUGGGAACUCUUCGCGGAAUCUGCCGCUCCAGGCCUCACUGCCAAAGGCUCACUAA